AUGAGCACACGACCGCCGCCUCUACGAGCGUCCGACCGACCUCCCACAUACCGGAUGGUCACCCGAGUGUACAGCAACAGCCUACGACCCGUAGUCAUCGUCAUGGGGAGUAUUCUGGCAAUAUGGUCUCUCGUUUGGGCUAUCCCAGCAUUCCAAGACAUUAGUGAGGACAAAGACCAUGGGCAACCCAAGCUCGCAGUAUUCGACAUCGUAUUGGGCGUAAUAUACGCUACGUCCUGCGCAAUCGAAGUGUUCGGUAUUAUUGCUGCGGCAGCACAACGUCUGGCGUUGGUGCGUCUGUACGCAAUGCUCUCCAUAUUCACCGCGGUCGCAAUCGUCGGCUCCGGGUUCAUCCGUGUCGUGAUCCAUUUCGUGUACAAGGACGGUCUUAUUAGUGAAUGCAUAUCAGUCGUACAGGGGGAUGGCGUUGAAUUCAGGUUUGGCAUCUGGGGACCGCGUGUCCACGAUAAGCUCAACCAGGCCGAUGCUACUACAUUUUGCAACAACGCGUGGAACCGCGACUCCCUCGACGAGAUCCUCUCCCUCAUCUUCGAGAUCAUCUUCUCGAUAUUCUUCAUCGUGAUCGCCUGGGCGUACUACCACCAAGUCCUCGACCCCACCUCCGCCGCCAACGUCUCCCGCGCCCCCGCCAACUUCGCCGCUGGGGGGCCCGGCCCGUACCCGUACCCCGACCACUACAACCGCCCGUACGACACCGAGGCGGGCGCAUACAACCCACCCUCGUACGCCCCGUACCAGCCGCAACCCCAGUACGCCCCGCCGCCCGGGCCACCGCCUACGCAUGCGGAGAUGGGCUAUGGAGUCGGGACGGGCGCGAAGGAUGGGGACCUGAAGGGGGACAACGAGAGCGAGAUGACGAAGUUUGACGAUCCGUUCGCGGAUUUCGACGGGCCGAGCAAGCCUAAGAGCCUUGCUGCGGAUUGAUUGGAUUCGACUGAAUGUCGAUGCGAGGACAGGGGGAACGGGAGGGCAGAAUGUGGUUGAGGGAGUGGGACAAGAGGU